AUGGAAGCCACCGAUUCCGAGUUCCAGCUAGCCUCAGCGGCGGCAGGUUUUACCCUUGGGUUCGGAUUCCUGUGUGUUUGGAAUGCUAUCAAACAGACUCGGAGCAUUCAGUCGCCACUCCGAAGCGGAUACAUCUAUAUGGUGUGGGGUGAGAUCAUCUCCAAUCUUGCUAUUGCUGUCAUCGGAUGGCUACUUCUGAACGGAACAAUCAAAUCAGGUGUACCAGUGUUAUUCAGUAUACUCUUCUUCUGGGUCUUUGAGGUUCAACUCUUGUUACAAAUCAUCAUCAAUCGUAUCAAUGUUGUUGGGGAUGAUCGCAAGUUCUUGAGACUGGUAAAAUAUGGAACGGCGAUUUUUAUAACUUUGAUCAAUAUUGCGGUCUUUAUCAUUUGGAUUCCGACUCAUCUCAAUCCACCGCCUUCUCAAAUUUUCGUCACCAUCAACAAAUAUUGGGAUCGGACAUCCAAGUGUCUUAUUCUCGUUGUUGAUGCCGGGUUGAAUUAUUAUUUCCUUCGGACAGUAAAGCGACGUCUGGUGGACUAUCAUGGACUCACCAAAUAUGCCUCUCUGGUCACGUUUAAUGCGAGAUUGAUGGUUGUAUCGAUUACUAUGGAUGUAAGAUUGCAGUCUGGUCUUGUUCGAUCUAGUGUUUUCAGCUUAUGCUUAUUAUCCUGGAAUCCUUUCUUCGUCAGACGAUCUAUGUUCAGUUCCAUCCUAUCGCGUACAUGGUGA